GUUAUCAUUGAUAAAUUUUCAAAAUGGGUAGAUGCUAUACCUACAAGAAAUAACACUGCAACUACCGUGGCACGGUUGUUAGCGAACCAAAUCAUCCCUCUCUGGGGAGCACCAAUUCAAAUUGAAUCUGAUCAAGGUACUCAUUUCACUGGACAGAUCAUGAAAGACAUGAAUAAGAUGCUAAACAUUAAACAGAAGUUUCACAUUCCAUACAGGCCACAAAGUUCUGGUAUGGUCGAGCGUGCAAACCGCUCAAUCAAAGAGGCUAUCACUAAACAGAUAGUUCAACACCAAAACAAAUGGAUUGAUGCUCUGCCCACAGUUUUAACUGUUUUGCGAGCAACACCAUCUAAAGCUACAGGCAUUAGUCCAUAUGAACUUAUGACUGGAAGGGUGAUGAAAUUGCCUAUUGAUCCAGAAAUCUCUCCAACAGAUCUGGGCCAUCUUAUGGUUGCAACACAGCAGACUGUGCUAAAACAACUGCAGGAAAGACUGAAAGUAUUGCAAACUCAGGCAGUGCUGAGACAACAACAGUCAGACCUGAGCAAUGAUGCACAGUUCAAUCCAACAUUUGAAACAAAAUUUGCAGAAGGAGACAUGGUGAUGAUACGAGUCUUUGUAAAACAAAAUGCAUUUUCUCCUAGGUGGCACGGGCCUUAUGAAAUUAAAGCGACUUGUAAUAGCGCUGUGGCCGUGUCCAUCAGAGGAAAAUUAAGAUGGUAUCACAUGUCUCAAUGCAAAUUGUUCAAAGGAUUGACGAAUAAUUAAAUGUGUCAUGUCCAAAUGAUUGACUAUAUCUCAUUGUCUCUGUUUCAGGAUGGUUACCGCAAUUCCAUGGAAACCGGACACAAGGAAGGUGUCGGGGGCUACAUGUAUCAGCUUGGGCCAAAGGGUAAUGCUCACACACACCCUGAAAUGUGGGAGAUGGGUAUGGAAAUAUGCAAAGGGGCCAUCCACAUCAUACAUAACAAUUUCGCCUAGAGAAAUAGUUACAUGGCCUCCCGGUAUAAUGCCGGAACCAAAUUGCGCAACAAAAAUUUGCUGUAAAGUAGGUUCCAGCUAUCCUCCCAUAGUGAACAUUUCAGGUGACACCCCCGCACGGCUAUAUUCACACAAUAUAACAGCCUGGUAUCAACUUAAAAUUGAACCAGGAGCAACAAUUGGGAGUAUGCGCACCCUGUAUGAAAAAUCUAACAAUGGUACAGAUCCAAAAAUUUGUUAUUCUAUAAAGGAUUUAGAACCUGCAGUAUACAGAUGUACACAUACUGAAACACUCAACAGCACACAUAUGAGUUUUGCAGAUUACAAGUUCAACCUUACUUCAUAUAUGUCGGAUGAUAAUGACCCAAAAACUUUUAUUUGGACUAGCCGAAAAGAAGGAACCUAUUGUGUGGGUAAAUGUGAGCCUGAUGUAAAUAGUUAUACUAGCCCACAAAAUUGUACAUGGACUGUAAAGCAUUGUUUUAAUCUAACCACUUGUGGGUAUAGUAAACCCAAGCAAUGUCCAAAAUUAUAUCCAAUCCCUCCUGGUGGUUUUAUUAAGGGAAAUAUUAAUAAGACUCUGUUGCAUGAUGUUAAUCUAGUCAUGACUCAUGUAACAUAUAAUAUUUCAAAUAUUUUGUCUGCUUAUGUGAAACAUUGUAGUAAUGGUGAUAAAACAUAUGCAUGGCUACAGUCACGAAUCGAUGAUUUAAUUUCUGAUUACAAAGGCAGACUAGCUGUCCGAAUUCCACCUGUACGCUCUAAACGAGAUCUGCUUGGAAAUUUAGCAGGUCUCUUCGGCUCUGUUAAUUCAAUUGCCAACACUUAUAAAAUAACUGGACAAUCACAAUUUUCAACAUGGUUGGCAAACCAGGUGGCCACUGGUUUUCAGCACCUCACCAAUAGUAAUGAAAACAUUAUCAAAGCGGUUAGAUCUGAAGCGCAGGCGCUUCUAUUGAUCAGCCACACAUUAUUCAAUCAGACCCGUACCAUCGAACGUGACUUAGCCUGCAGAUCAUAUGCUCAAGAUUUAUUUACUGUUGCUAGACAAGAGAUUCUAGACUUGCGUCUUCUUAAAACACCUAGACAUGCUUUAAAUGAUCUUAUUGAGAUUUUAGAUUUACAUAGGUGGUUUGCAUCUGAAAAAAUGAAGGACAUUAAAUAUUCAGAGUUGUUAUCCACUUUGAUGUUAUAUACUGGAAAUGAAUGUGCUGGAUGUAUUGGGUUUUUUGUCAAUUUUCCUUUAAUACACCCAGAUCAAAUUUUUCAAAAUUCCACAACUAUACGUUCUAUAGGCAUGGUGGUAAAAAAUCAGAUUAUUAAAUGGGAUCAUUUAACAGGUUAUAUGACUUUGAAAAGAAAUGAGACCUUAUUUACCACUCGCACCUGUUGUCAUGAAACUUCAAGUUAUGUCAUUUGUACUUGUAACACUUUACAACCAUUCUCUCCUAAUGAUACUAAGCUUAUUAAUGUUCAGUCAUUACAUGGCCAUGCAGAUGCUGUACAGGUUUCGCAAUCACAGUGGUGUGUCAUCAGUGAGAUGAAUUCUUUCACCUACGGAGGUCUGACCUGUCCGUCAAACCAUACCUUUUGUCUUGAGGUAACUGAGGACUUUUCAAUGGGUCAGAUAAAUAUCCUGGGGAGGAUUCCACUUGACAUAGAUGUUUCUCCCUGGUGGGAGGACACUUUCUACGAACACAGCACACAGACUCUGACUGAAACAAUGGAAUUAGUCCAACAGACUAUUCUACAGACUGAGUAUCAUCUCAAUCAGGCACAGGUGGAAACAAACCUGGCCAAAGGAACAGCGAAGCUACUGUCAAGUUCAUCUACACGGUCUGCACAGUAUGUAUACACCUGGUGGGACUGGGUGUUCCGUGGAUGUGUGAUUGGCAGCAGUGCCGGUCCUAGAUGCUGGGAGGCCCUAAGCAAAGCUUUGUGA